AUGUACGAUUCUAAAUUAAAGAAAGCGAUAGAAUUGCGCCUCUCCCGCGGUGGUGUGAACGCAUCCAUAAAUUCCGGCAAUUUAUUAAGAAAGGGACACGUCAAACGAGGCAUUGUCCCAACACAAUAUUCUCACCUAUUUUCCGUUCAGAUCAGUCCAAGCGUACAAUGGACGGUGGUGAAUGAAAACAGUUUGGACAGCUUAGCCAUGCGUACUGUCGCGGACCCACUCAUUCAGACAUGUCUGGAUUGUCCCACCACGAUUGAUUAA